AUGGAAAUAUCGUUAAUCCUCUUAUCAACUAGAGCUCAUCCUAAUCAGAAAGAUGAGGAAGGCAAUAGGCCACUGGAAGUUGCAGCUAUAAGAGAGAACAGAAAGAUCUUUGAGACUCUCUUCCCCUUGACGACAAAACCUGAAUCUGUUUUGGAUUGGUCAGUAGAUGGAGUUCUUGCUCACAUGGAAUCAAACAAAGAACAAGAAGACAGCUCAAGCAAGGCCAAAUCUGGAGAGACUGGUAUCAAGAAAGACCUUCCUGAGGUCUCCCCAGAAGCAAAGGCUAAAGCAGCAGAAACUAAAGUUGAGGACAAGAUGCUUUUCAUAGAAAAGGAUUAUCAGAUGGCCAUUGACGCAUACACACAAGCUAUUGAUUUUGAGCCUACGGAUCAUACUUUGUUCUCAAACCGAAGCAUCUGUUGGUUGCGGUUAGGACAAGCUGAGCUUGCCUUGUCCGAUGCCAAAGCAUGCAGAGAACUAAAACCUGACUGGCCUAAAGCUUGUUUCAGAGAAGGUGCUGCUCUUCGUUUGCUACAGCGUUUUGAUGAGGCAGCCAAUGCUUUUUACGAGGGAUUGUUGCUAAGCCCUGAAAACAAAGAGCCCACUGAUGCUUUCAGAGAAUCCGUAGAUGCUGGAAGGAAGUUUCACGGCAAGGACAAGAUUACACACAAAUGA